CCUUGCAUAAGAGGAAAACAAAAAAGAUGUCCAAAAACAAUCACGAUCACGAAUCUGAAACACGAAUUCGCUUUAAAUUCCUAACCUUUUUUUGUGUAACAAUUUUGCAUUUAUAAAUUAUUUAGUUGCUUAAUUUCUAUCGUUUAAAUAUUGUAGUAUUCUUCAGUGAAAUAGUAUAUUUCAUCAGUGAUAAAUAUUGUGCUCGUGGAACGUCUUAGAGGAGUGACUCCUGCGUCGUCUAUUCAACUCUAUCCUGUUGUCAUCAUCGCUUCAAUUUGAAAAUGAAUUCAGUGUCAAAUCUUAGGUGAUUCGUUUGGCAAGCACCGAUACAUAAAUACGAAGAUUUAACAUCGCUGAUGUUCAGAGAAUUGGAGCCCCUUUUGGACGCCACCAAAGUCGAUGAAAAAUGAUGUACUACGACGAUGUGGACGUGAGUAGUCUCGAUAGUAAAGAUACCUUCGGAGUUUUCAAAGUACCCGAACCUCCUAAGAUACCGGACGAAGACAACGCCAAACCGAAACCUAGUCAUAGAUCGUUGAAACGAGAUUCGCCCUAUGAAUCCAAACAGCAUAAAUUAUUCUCUCGUAAGAAAAUCAUCGACGACGAUGUAGAAAUCGUUUCGGAGACUAGAUUAAAAAUACCUAGGAAAAAAUACGACGACGAUGAACCAUUUGCAGGCGAACCGAAGUUCAAGUUUGGUCGUAAGAAACACGACGACGAAGAAUUAUUUUCCGAAGCUAAGUUCAAAUCUGGUCGUAAAAAACACGACGAUGAAGAAUCAUUUGGCGAAUCACCGAAGUUUAAACUUGGUCGUGCUAAGAAACACGACGAUGAAGAGCUAUUUUCCGAACCGAAAUUCAAACUUGGUCGUAGUAAGAAACACGAAGACGAUUCGGUUCGUAAGAAAGAUGACGAAUUGGAAAAAAGCAAACCAGUCGAUCCACUUUCGACCGACUUCAUGUACAAAACCGCCGUCACGUUCCAAGAGAAGUUAUCGGUUUUGGAAGAACGCGAUAAAUAUUUACGCGAGAGUGUUUUUAAAACCGGUAACAAGAAUAUGAGCGUCAUCGUGAACGGCACGUGCCCGGAUAUGUGUCCGGAAAAGGAACGUUUGUUACGUGAGAUUUACUGCUCGUUUAGCGUAUUCGAAGGACAGGUGGUCGAUAACGAAAUGCACGUUGUGCCCGAACUGCUCGUCAAAGAGUAUUCGCGUAGCUCGGCCGAUCAAGAUGAACCGUUACCGCAUGAAUUACGUCCAGAGCCUGUGCUGAUCGACACAAUGAAUCAUAUCGUCGUUAAUAUUAUGCCUAAAAUCGAAGAAAACAUCGAUAUCACCGAAUGGUAUCAUUUUUGCUGGGAUCGAUUACGCAGUCUACGUAAAGAUAUAAUCCAACAGCAGCUAUGCAGCAAGAACAUCAUUCAGAUAUUAGAGCAAAGCGCUAGAUUCCAUAUCUGCUGCGGCGAUCUUCUGUUCGGAGCUGAUCCGAAAAUAUUCGAUGAGAAAAUCAACGCCGAAAAUCUAGUCAAUUGUUUACAAAUGCUCAUCAACAUGUACGAAGACUUGGAGAAAAAAGGCAUCAAAUGCGAGAACGAAUCCGAGUUUAGAAUCUACAUGAUGCUGCUGUUACUCGACAGCGGAGAUAUUCCCGAUGUGAUCAGAUGGAACGAUGAGAAUUCUAAACAAUACGCUCGUCAAGCUAAAGAGAUAUUCUUCGCUUUCAAGCACAAUUUGUACACCAGGUUUUUCAAACUGGUCAAGAGAACUAGUUACUUGAACGCUUGCAUUUUACAACGUUACUUUAGUACGGUCAAAACUCAAAUUCUAACCGUGCUCGUCAAUUCGUACUCGUCCGGUACGCAGAAAUCCAAAUUCCCUUUAUCGUUCGUGAAAAAGAACCUGGAAUUUGAUACCGAUGAAGAAACCGUAUCGUUCGUCGAGUCGCACGGUUUUGUUUUCGAUUACGAAACGAACGAAGUACGAGGAUCGAAGUCUUCGUUUGCAGUACCGGAGAUGAAAGUAGCUUGUGGAUCAUCGUACAUAGUGAGGAAUAAACGACCAUCGAUUCUCGAAGCUGUCUCUAAAGUUCCUGGUUAUACUCCGAAGAAAACCUUGUCCAAAGUACAUUCGAGCUUCAACGAAUACGAUAAAUUGAACGAAAAUGCUUACAAAGCAGAAGAUCAGAAAGACAAAGUCAUCUCGUUGUUCGGUAAUAUUUACUCGCAAAGUGAAACCGAAUCGAUCCAAAUCGUUGAACGAAUCCCAACACCGAAAAAUCUAUCUCCCAAACCUGUAUUCACGUUCAAUUCGGAGCAAAUCAAACCGAUCAGUUCUUUUAUCGAAACACCCACCAAAGAAAACGUAUCUCCGAAAAAUGCAUUUUCAUCGUUCACUUUCAAAAAGCCUGAAAUACCAGAACCUCUAAUCAAACAACCAUCUCCGGUUCAAACUUCGAAUAUAUUCAACUUCAGAUUCUCGAGCAGCAUCGAUCCUAAACCUCAACCAGUCUUCCAACGAAUUCCUUCACCAAUAGAACCGGUCAAAAUAGCUUCGCCAGCUCCCAUACCGAGUCCAAAGCUACCCACUCCUCAAGUUACCGAAUCAGAGCUCUACGAUCCCGAACAAGCUACGGUCACGAGUGACGAAGAAGAACCUUACGUCGAAGAAUACGUUCCUGAACCAGUCCCUGUUCGAAAAUCCGAAGAAGUUCUCGAUAAUCUGAACAACGCUCUGAAACAAUUCCAAACUCUGUACUCGAAUUUCUUCGACUCGAAUCGUAAACAGUCCGAAGAACAGACCGAAUUUAGAAUCGAACGCGAACAUCGACGAUUAAGAAGAACGGUUAAGAAACGAUUGAAACGUAACAACGCUAGAAAAUAUGCUCGAAUUUGGAAACAGAAAGUCGAUCUGAUACGUAAGAAACGCGACGAUUUCGUCGACAUCGUUCAUCUCCCCCUAGACGAGUAUUUCAGCUUGUGGGGUACGAUGAAAUCGAAGGAAAAUCUACCCAGGAGUAUCGUCAAGUAUACCGCAGAUGCUGAGAAAACCGUUCAAUGGAGUUCGAAUAUUUUAACCGGUAAAAGUCUCAGCGUUAAUUACAUCGGAGAUAAACUGGCCGAUCUUCUAGUCAACAACGUACGAAUCCGUUGCGGUAUCUUGAAGCUGAAAAUGAAAACGAUACUGUGCUGGAAAGUUCUAGUCUCUUUACCGUCUACGAGUAACGAUAGCUUUCGAUCGUUCUGUACCAGAGUUUCGGAAUUCUGUCAAGUAUUAUUUUACAAAGAUAAAAAUCUUAAAUUAUCCAACGUCCAAACCGUAGAAUCGAGUGGAGUAAAGGUAUGCUCCAGUAUUAACGUUAUUCCUGGUCAAAUCGAAACUGCAGAUCAAGUUGCCGGUAUCACGAGCCUACUGGUGUACGUUUGUGAAAAACAAGAGACCUUCGACGAAUUUAAAGAUCGAGUAUGUUCCAUCAUCUGUCACAGCGUUGUUCAUCCCAUCGUCGUUAACGUUAUAGCUGUAAACAACUGUUACAAAGAUCAAAUCUCAGCUACGUUGACUCGAAUGAAGAAAGCUAAACGUAUCCUCGACUGGAGCAUUACAAAAUGGGAUAAUUUCUUCACCAUUCCCAAAGCACUGCUGAACGGAGCCAGAUUCGCCCCAUGGACACCGUCCUUCGGUGUAAAAUCGUUGACUGAAUUCGUCGAAAACGCCACCAGCGAUUUCUUCCUCAGCAUGUGUUAUUUAUGGAAUAAAUCCCUACCUAAUACACCGGUCACUUACAUCAAACUGUAUGAUUCGUUCUUGAAUAAAUUACAAGAAGCACUGGCCACCGAAACUCUUCGAAAGUAUAACUUAUCGGCUGAAUUUUUACCUAAAAUCAUCGACUCCGGUGACUCAACUCGUAAUACGUUAACGGAACCCGAGCUGAUUACGUUGAUUGGUAAAUAUUCGCUGAUUGGGUUUACCAAAUGGCCUCCGAAAACCGUACCUAAAAUGAUCUCACUUCUGACUAAAUAUUGCCAAGCUAUCGAUAAAGAUGAUAAAACGUUUCUACCUAAUGUAUUACGACUGGUCAGUCCUAGAGAAGAUACGGACGUCGAGACAAUCGAUCAGAACGCUCCGUGGAUCGAAGUCGUCGAGUUGUGGUCCAAGUAUAAUAUUUACGCUGUAUUGAAACGUGAAAAUGACCUUAAAAAUAUAUUCGUCGUGUACGACGAAAGUAAAAUCAAACAGACCGCCGACGGUUUGUGGAUUUAUAACACAACUCAACCCAGUGUUUAG